UUCAUCAUCAAACCACCCCCAAGCAGAGAAGGAUGGGCUCUCAUAUGCUGCUGUGUCUCUCUUUGGUCCUCUCCAUCCAUGGUGGAGCGUUGCAGCCUCUGCCCGCCCAGCCUCCGCAGGCCUCCUUUGCAGAGGGGACCACUGCUGUCCUGCCGUGCCCUCUGGAGAGGGGCAACAUCCAGGAGUACCAUGCCUUCUGGUUCCAGCAAAAGCCAGGAAAUGGCCCGGUCUUUAUACUGAAGCAUCACAUUGAAGGUCAGGUAGAUCGUGCUCCUGAAUUUGAUGAACGUUUUGUGCCAAUCCGGGAUGCCAACACCUACACGUUGCAGAUUCGGAAGGUGCGCACGGAGGACAGUGCCACCUAUUACUGCCUGGCAGAGGCAAAUUAUUUCAACACCGCUGUCUCAGGGAGCGGAACACAGCUCAGUGUCACAGGAGGCAAAUCAGCAAAGGAACCGGCCUCGGUCACCCUUCUGUCUGAUGCUUACCAGACAGCUGACUCGCCCACCGUCCACGCCUUGUGCAUCGCUGAGAAAUUCUACCCAGGGUUCCUAGAGAUCAAGUGGAGUAAGGCUGGAGUCAGCAUAUCAGAGGGGGUGACUCCUGGGCCGGUGGUCUUAAACGAGGAUGGCUCCUACAGCGCCAGCAGCAUCCUGAGCAUCCCUCGCAACCGCCUGACCUCUGACAUCUCCGUCAAGUGCUCCACGUACCACAUCGCCUCCGGAACCAGAGCGGAGCGGAGCCUGGAGCAGUGCCAGGGAAAGUAAAGCCCUGCUGAGAUCAGCAGCACCCCUACCAUCUCCUUCUUCAUCCCCCACAGCCAGAGGGGCA